GUUGUUCCUAGCUGGAACGUAGUACCGUCAUCGCUCAGUCACCUUAUUUCGUUCGCCCUUAUUGAAAUUUCUUCGUAGUGUCAAAAUGGCUCGUACAAAGCAAACUGCAAGGAAAUCAACUGGAGGAAAAGCUCCUCGCAAACAACUGGCCACCAAGGCUGCACGAAAGAGUGCCCCAGCAACUGGAGGUGUAAAGAAGCCACACAGAUACAGGCCCGGAACAGUUGCUCUGAGAGAAAUUCGUAGAUACCAGAAGUCGACCGAGUUGUUGAUCAGGAAACUGCCCUUCCAAAGACUCGUCCGAGAAAUUGCCCAAGACUUCAAGACAGAUCUGCGCUUUCAGAGCUCGGCGGUGAUGGCCCUCCAAGAGGCAUCUGAAGCUUACCUAGUUGGACUGUUUGAAGACACCAACUUGUGCGCCAUUCAUGCCAAACGUGUUACCAUUAUGCCAAAGGACAUACAACUGGCCAGAAGGAUUCGUGGAGAGAGAGCUUAAUUUAACAAGCAAAUUUCAUCGUUGUCGAUGAAUUCUUUGAAAAAAACGGUUUUUUUAAAAACCACCAUAGAAACCAGAGAUUAUAUUUCCCCAACCAUAAUACACACGACAUGGUCGACUCAGAUCAGUUCAGUUCAUAUCUACAUGUACUUUUAAAACUAACAUGUAAUAUUAAGUUACAUUGGUACAUGCAAAUAAAUUACAUUAGUAGUUUACUUACAAAUAAUUUACAUUUACAAAUAAUUUAAUCUCCUGGUAGUUACAUUGUCACAAAUUACCAGUAGUUAGUUGGUCAUAUACUCUGUAGAAUGGGAAAAAUGAAUCACUUUUUCAUAGUGCUAGACUGAAUUCAAGAGCAUACAAUUUAUAUCAUGUGCACAAUAUUUUCAAUUUGUGCUAAGCCCACAAUGUAAUACAUAUGUAUGUAUUUAAAAUGUUGAGGUCACAAUAAAUAUGACAUAUCAUUUACUCUAUCUUAUUCUGAAUUUAAAAACCAUUAGGAAUUAUUAUACAA